GCGGGUUCGGAGCAGUCGGACGGGAGCGGCGUAGGUGCGAGGGUCACCAGCCAGCGCAAACUGGGACAUGGAGCCGCCAAUCGGGGGUCCGGGGCCCGGCCGGGGGACCCGGGACAAGAAGAAGGGCCGGAGCCCGGACGAGCUGCCUGCGGCGGGCGGUGACGGCGGCAAAUCCAAGAAAUUUACUCUGAAGCGGCUCAUGGCAGAUGAGCUGGAGAGAUUUACCAGCAUAAGAAGUAAGAAGGAAAAGGAAAAGCCCAGUUCUGCUCAUAGAAAUUCAUCUGCAUCAUAUGGGGAUGAUCCCACAGCACAGUCAUUGCAAGAUGUUUCAGAUGAGCAAGUGCUGGUUCUUUUUGAACAGAUGCUGUUGGAUAUGAACCUGAAUGAGGAGAAGCAGCAACCUUUGAGGGAGAAGGACAUUGUCAUCAAGAGGGAGAUGGUGUCCCAAUACUUGCACACUUCCAAGGCCGGCAUGAGCCAAAAGGAAAGCUCUAAGUCUGCCAUGAUGUACAUUCAGGAGUUGAGGUCAGGCUUGCGGGACAUGUCUCUGCUCAGCUGCCUUGAGUCCCUUCGUGUCUCUCUCAACAACAAUCCUGUCAGUUGGGUGCAAACAUUUGGAGCUGAGGGUCUGGCUUCCUUGUUGGAUAUCCUUAAACGACUUCAUGAUGAGAAAGAAGAGAAUGCUGGGAGCUAUGAUAGCCGUAACAAGCAUGAAGUCAUCCGCUGUCUGAAAGCGUUUAUGAACAACAAGUUUGGAAUUAAGACGAUGUUGGAGACAGAAGAGGGAAUCCUACUGCUGGUCCGAGCCAUGGAUCCUGCUGUCCCCAACAUGAUGAUUGAUGCGGCUAAGCUGCUCUCUGCUCUUUGUAUCCUACCACAGCCAGAGGACAUGAAUGAAAGAGUUUUGGAGGCAAUGACAGAAAGAGCUGAGAUGGAUGAGGUGGAACGUUUCCAACCGCUGCUGGAUGGAUUAAAAAGUGGGACCUCCAUUGCACUCAAGGUGGGAUGCCUACAGCUGAUAAAUGCCCUCAUCACACCAGCUGAAGAGCUUGAUUUCCGGGUUCACAUCCGAAGUGAACUGAUGCGCUUGGGACUGCACCAACUGUUGCAGGGCCUUCGAGAAGUUGAAAAUGAUGAUAUGAGAGUGCAGUUAAUGGUGUUUGAUGAACACGGAGAAGAAGAUUCCUAUGAUUUGAAGGGACGGUUGGAUGAUAUUCGCAUGGAGAUGGAUGACUUCAGUGAGGUGUUCCAGAUUCUCUUAAACACUGUGAAGGAUUCAAAGGCAGAGCCCCACUUCCUGUCCAUCUUGCAGCACCUACUUUUGGUCCGAAAUGACUAUGAGGCCAGACCGCAGUACUAUAAGUUGAUUGAAGAAUGUAUUUCCCAGAUAGUUCUUCAUAAGAAUGGUGCUGAUCCUGACUUCAAGUGCCGGCACCUCCAGAUUGAUAUUGAAGGGUUGAUCGAUCAAAUGAUUGAUAAAACAAAGGUAGAGAAAUCUGAAGCCAAAGCUACAGAACUGGAAAAAAAGCUGGACUCAGAGUUUACAGCCCGACAUGAGCUACAGGUAGAAAUGAAAAAGAUGGAAAGUGACUUUGAGCAGAAGCUCCAGGACCUUCAAGGAGAGAAGGAAGCAUUGGAUACUGAAAAGCAGCACAUUGCCACAGAGAAACAGGACCUGGAAGCAGAGCUGUCUCAGCUCACAGGAGAGGUUGCCAAGCUGUCAAAGGAACUGGAAGAUGCCAAGAAAGAAAUGGCUUCUCUCUCUGCUGCAGCAAUUGCUGUGCUUCCACCCGAACCCAGUGCUAAUGUUCCCCCUGCCCCUCCUUUCCCUGGUGACUCUGUCACUGUUGCCCCACCUCCACCACCACCCCCUCCUCUACCUGGAGUGAUUAGCAUACCACUUCCACCUCCUCUUCCUGAAGGUUGUACCUUAGUUCCUCCACCUCCACCCCCUCCUCUUCUUUUGUCUGGGACUGCUUAUAUCCCCCCACCCCCUCCUUUGCCUUUGGGUGUUGGCAUCCCUCAGCCACCCCCUUUGCUUAGAGAUACUGCUAUACCCCCACCUCCUCCCCUGCCUGGGGCUGGUAGCAUCCCCCCACCCCCUCCUCCCCUGCCUGGGGCUGGUAGCAUCCCCCCACCCCCUCCUCCCUUGCCUGGAGGACCAGGAUUGCCCCCUCUCCCUCCUCCUCUUCCUGGUGGUCCUGGAAUUCCUCCACCCCCUCCUUUUCCUGGAGGCCCUGGGAUACCCCCACCUCCACCUGGAAUGGGUAUGCCUCCACCUCCACCCGGUGGAUUUGGAGUUCCUGCAGUCCCAGUUCUGCCAUUUGGAUUAACCCCAAAGAAGCUUUAUAAGCCAGAAGUACAGCUCCGAAGGCCAAACUGGUCCAAGUUUGUUGCUGAGGACCUCUCCCAGGAAUGCUUCUGGACAAAGGCAAAGGAGGACCGCUUUGAGAACAAUGAACUUUUCGCCAAACUUACCCUUACCUUCUCUGCCCAGACUAAGACUUCCAAAGCCAAGAAGGAUCAGGAAGGCGGAGAAGAAAAGAAAUCUGUGCAAAAGAAAAAAGUAAAAGAAUUGAAGGUGUUGGAUUCAAAGACGGCCCAGAAUCUCUCAAUCUUUUUGGGUUCCUUUCGAAUGCCCUACCAAGAGAUUAAGACUGUCAUCUUAGAGGUGAACGAGGCUGUUCUGACUGAGUCUAUGAUCCAGAACCUCAUUAAGCAGAUGCCAGAGCCCGAGCAGUUAAAAAUGCUUUCUGAACUGAAGGAUGAAUAUGAUGACCUGGCUGAGUCAGAGCAAUUUGGCGUGGUGAUGGGCACUGUGCCCCGGCUGCGGCCUCGUCUGAAUGCCAUCCUCUUCAAGCUACAAUUCAAUGAGCAAGUGGAGAAUAUCAAGCCAGAGAUUGUUUCUGUAACUGCUGCAUGUGAGGAGUUACGCAAAAGUGAGAGCUUCUCUAGCCUCCUGGAAAUUACCUUGCUUGUUGGAAACUAUAUGAAUGCAGGCUCCAGGAAUGCCGGUGCCUUUGGCUUCCAUAUCAGCUUCCUCUGUAAGCUUCGAGAUACCAAGUCUACCGAUCAGAAGAUGACAUUGUUGCACUUCUUGGCUGAGUUGUGUGAGAAUGACUAUCCUGAUGUCCUCAAGUUUCCAGACGAACUAGCCCAUGUGGAGAAGGCUAGCCGAGUUUCUGCUGAGAACUUGCAAAAGAACCUUGAUCAGAUGAAGAAACAGAUUUCUGAUGUGGAACGUGAUGUUCAGAAUUUUCCAGCUGCCACAGAAGAGAAGGACAAGUUUGUUGAAAAAAUGACUAGCUUUGUAAAGGAUGCACAGGAACAGUAUAACAAGCUGCGAAUGAUGCAUUCUAACAUGGAGACCCUCUAUAAGGAGAUGGGCGAGUACUUCCUCUUUGACCCCAAGAAGGUGUCUGUGGAAGAAUUCUUCAUGGACCUGCACAACUUCAGAAAUAUGUUUUUGCAAGCCGUCAAGGAGAACCAGAAGCGGCGGGAGACAGAGGAGAAGAUGCGACGAGCAAAACUAGCCAAGGAGAAGGCAGAGAAGGAGCGACUGGAGAAGCAGCAGAAGAGAGAGCAGCUCAUAGACAUGAAUGCAGAGGGUGAUGAGACAGGUGUGAUGGACAGUCUUCUAGAAGCACUGCAGUCAGGUGCAGCAUUCCGUCGGAAGAGAGGACCCCGCCAGGCCAACAGGAAGGCUGGGUGUGCAGUCACAUCUCUACUAGCUUCCGAGCUGACCAAGGAUGACGCCAUGACUGCUGUUCCUGCCAAGAUGUCCAAGAGCACUGAGGGAGUCUCCACAGUCCUGGAGGAAACCAAUGAGUUGGUUGGCCGAGCAAGCUAA